UAGAUAAUGAAUCGUUGAAUAUUAAACUUAAUCCAUUCAUUGAACCGGAAGUUGUAAUUUUAUUGACUAUUGAUCAAAUUAAAAAUUUAUUGAGCAAAUCAUCUAAACAAGAAUUACACGAGAAUCCAAAUCUUAUUGCAUUCGGUACAACUUUAAUGAAUUUACAACGACCAAUUACUUGUAUUUUCUUGACAGGACCUACUUUUAAAUCAAAAACUAACCAUGUGUCAUCAUCAUCAUCAGCAACAACCACAACAAAAACCUCAAUGAAUCAUUCUGCAUCACAUACAUCAUUGAAUGAAUUAUGCGCUGAAUUACAAUUAAAUUGGAAUGUGCAUAGUACUCGUAUCACAUCGAAUUUAAAUGAUGUUGCUAUGAUUUUAAAUGCAAUUACACGUUCAUUAGCUGAGAGACCAUUUAAACAAGGACGUUUAGAACAAGAUGAAGGAUUAACAUUUCUACCAAAUACUAUACAUAAAGGUUUAAGUGGUUGUGCUUCACGUGGUCGUGGUCCUGGUAAAGCACCAAUUAUAAAUAAUAUUAACAACAGUAAUAAUUCUAACGCACUAACUACUGUACAAGAACAAACUUCACAUUUAUGGUCUAAUCGUGUAUGGCUUGCUCAAUUAGGUCAAUGGCGUGGAUUAACCGGUGAAAUUGCACAUGCAAUCACUUUAAUUUAUCCAACUGCUCGAUCAUUUUAUAAUGCAUGCCAAUUAGCUGGAAUUCAAUCAAAUUCAAAUCACUCUACAACAUCGUCAUCCACAUCAUCCGCAUCAUCGUGUUCUAAUCGAAUGACCAAUCAUCCAUUUGAACUAGACUUGGCUAAUUUAGAAAUACGUCGUGGUGUUGGUGUCCUAAUGACAAAACGACGUUUAGGUGUAGAAUUUGCUAGACGCCUGAUUAAAUUAUUCACAUCGACUAAUCCUAAUGAAAUUGUCAAUUAAGGAGAGAGAGAGAGAAAAUGUUUGCUGAUUUUACCUCUGUGUACAGAUUUAUUUGUGUACGAUUAUUAUUGACAUUUUUCAAUGAUUUUUUCGCCAAAUAGUUCAUGUAUAUUUAUUGUUAAAUAAGAUAACAG